AUGAAGUCCCUUAACUUGGCUCUCGCAGUUACCGCUGUCUGCGGUUUCCUUGUGUCGGCCGCUCCAGCGGCUGCGUGUGAGGAUGGACUCGUCUCAAACGAGGGAGGUUCCCAGCAUGUGGCCAGAUGUGUUCCCGUCCAGGCCUUCCGUCAGGUGUCUGUGAAGGAAGACAAUGAGGAGGCGAAUGUCAUCGAGCCCCGCCACAAGGACGAUCACGACGACGAGUGCAGAGAUCAUAAGGAUAAAGAUGACUGCAAGCGCCGCAAGAAGGGGGACAAGCACAAGAAGAAGAAGGGCAAGAAGGGGGACAAGCACAAGAAGAAGAAGGGCAAGAAGGAGAAGUGUGAGAAGGAGCCCAAGCAUCCCGAGUGCCGCGAUGAGGACGACCAUGACGACCACAAGCAUGAUGACUGCCACGAGGACUCCAAGGAAGAAAGGUGCAAGCACCUCAAUGAACACCACGACGAUAGCCACGGUGAGGGCAAGGGUGACCACCAUGACGAGGAUUGCCCAGAGGAGCUCAGGGGAGGACCUAACUGCCCUUGGUUCAAGCACGAGGAAAAGCACGAUGAGUGCGAAAGGGAGCCACACAAGCCUCACUGCAAGAAGGAUAAGAAGGAGCACUAA